AUGCCUGAGCUGGAUGAGUACACGAUGGAAAGAGUCAUAGAGGAGUUUGAACAACGAUGCUAUGAUAACAUGAAUCAUGCUAUCGAGACUGAAGAAGGACUUGGCAUUGAAUAUGAUGAAGACGUUGUCUGUGACGUCUGUCAGUCUCCAGAUGGAGAAGAUGGCAACGAAAUGGUGUUUUGUGACAAAUGCAAUAUUUGUGUGCACCAGGCAUGUUACGGGAUCCUGAAGGUGCCGGAAGGCAGCUGGCUGUGCAGGACCUGCGCGCUUGGUGUUCAGCCCAAGUGUUUGCUGUGUCCCAAGAAGGGUGGCGCCAUGAAGCCGACCAGGAGUGGCACCAAGUGGGUCCACGUUAGUUGUGCUUUGUGGAUUCCAGAGGUGAGCAUUGGAAGCCCAGAAAAAAUGGAGCCCAUUACAAAGGUUUCUCACAUUCCCAGCAGUAGAUGGGCACUGGUGUGUAGCCUUUGUAAUGAAAAAGUUGGAGCUUCUAUACAGUGUUCAGUGAAGAACUGCAGAACAGCCUUUCAUGUCACCUGUGCAUUUGAUCGUGGCUUGGAGAUGAAGACCAUACUGGCGGAGAACGAUGAGGUAAAAUUUAAGUCGUACUGUCCCAAGCACAGCUCCACCAAGAAAGCAGAUGAUGAGACUUUCAAUGAAAGCCCACGCCAGGAGAAUGGGAACGAGAUUCAGUACGACUCUCUUCCUGCUCACAUCGACCCUUUCCACAGCAUGGAUCAAAACCAGGAGGAGGCCCACCGAGUCAGCCUCCGCAAGCAAAAGCUCCAGCAGCUGGAGGAUGAGUUCUAUACGUUUGUUGAGUCUUUGGAAGUGGCUAAAGUGCUGCGGCUGCCUGAGGAGCCGGUGGGAUUCCUUUACCAGUACUGGAAACUGAAGAGAAAAGCCAAUUUCAAUAAGCCUUUGAUUACCCCAAAGAAGGAUGAAGAGGACAAUCUGGCUAAACGGGAACAGGAUGUUCUGUUCAGAAGGUUGCAGCUCUUCACACACCUCCGGCAGGAUCUCGAGCGGGUGCGUAAUCUCACUUACAUGGUGACCCGAAGGGAAAAAAUCAAGAGAUCUGUUUGCAAAGUUCAAGAACAGAUAUUUAAUGUCUACGCAAAGCAGUUGGAACAAGACAGACUUUCAGGUGUGCCUUCUUCAUUCUCCUCAAUGGAAAACACAGUGCUGUUCAAUAGUCCAUCUUUGGGCCCCAAUGCCCCUAAGAUAGAGGAUUUGAAAUGGCAUUCUGCAUUCUUCAGGAAACAAAUGGGCACAUCUCUAACCCACUCUCUGAAAAAAUCACACAAGAGAGACAGAGUAAGAAACAGCUCCGGGAAUGACGGCAGAUCCUUGCUGAGGCAGCCCAGCCAAAGGGAUGGCAGUGCAGCUCAAGGUAGCUUUUUAAACUUUGACAAGACAUUUGCAGAAACACGGAUUGUAACAGCACAGCAGAAAAAUGGCAUAGUUAUACCAGACCACAGGAAAAGAAGAGACAAUCAUCCACAGUGUGAGGUGAUCAAGGCAGAAUUAAAGGAAAAGACGUCUAAACACAACCACAAACCACUGAGACCCACAGAACUCUCUCAGAGGCAGUCAGAAAAUAAAAGGGCUGUGAACCACUCCAGUGGUAGGCCAGCAGCUGGCACACGGAGGGAUAUAGUGCCUAAAUGCAACGGGGGUCUUGUCAAAGUAAACUCUAACCAGACAGUAGUUAAAGUGCCUACAACGCCCACGAGCCCAGUGAAAAACUGGGGCGGAUUCCGAAUUCCAAAGAAGGGGGAGAGGCAACAGCAGGGCGAGAGCCCAGAGGAGACCUGCCGCCAGAACUCCAGCUACCCCUGCCUGGGAGUGGGCAGAGUUUCACCCAAGGACAGGGCGAAAAGCAAGCUAAAGCCUGACAGCGAGAAUGAUGGGUACAUCCCCGAUGCAGAAAUGAGCGACUCAGAGACUGAAGUGGCUGAAAAAAAGUGCAGGCAGCAAAGGCUCAGUCCAAACAGCACGAUCAGCAGAAGGACGGACAUUAUUAGGAGAAGCAUCCUGGCAUCCUGA